UCAGAACUUUCUCUAAGAUUCACCUCCUUCAGCCCAGGUGGUGUUUACUUCUCAACUGUCACUGCCUCACCUAUCCUCGGAUUUCCCUAAAUCUGUCAUUGUGAGGGGAUAGAGACAGUUCCAAGAAAGCCCUACGGCCUGAAGUACAGUCUGCGCUAAGAAACUAGAACUUCCAGAAUUCUUUGCGCGCGGCUAAGGGGCGGGGAUUUAGGCGCCGUCCCUGGUUAAGGGAUGAGAUGGCAGAGUCCUCGGGGUCUCCGCACCGUUUGUUGUACAAGCAGGUGGGCUCGCCCCCCUGGAAAGAAACGUUCAGGCAGGGAUGUCUCCAGAGAAUGAGAAACAGCCGGCACAGGCUCCUGAACAAAUACCGCCAGGCUGCAGGUAGCACGCUGGGCACAGCCUCAGACAGACUUCUCGUGCAAGAAGUAAUGGAGGAAGAGUGGAAUUCUUUGCAGUCUGUAGAGAAUGGUCCAGAGGCCUUGCUUCAGCUGGAAUUGCCUUUGGACCUAGCGGUGCUGCAGGACAUCGAGCAGGAGCUGUGUGAGGAAGAAAAGUCCAUCAUAAGCGAGUACGAACAGGGCUUACAGUUUGAUGAAAGUUGUCUCAACAGCAUGCUGGCUGAGUGGGAAGCAAACCCCCUCAUCUGUCCCGUGUGCAUAAAGUACAACCUGAGAAUAAUGAGCAGUGUGGUCACGUGUCCAUGUGGGCUGCACAUCCCAUUUCACUCAACAGACUUGACAGAACAGAAGCUUCGUGCCUGUUUGGAAGAAAAUGUGAAUGAGCACAGUGCACACUGUCCGCACACCCCUGAAUUCUCAGUCACUGGUGGAACGGAAGAGAAGCCCAGUCUUCUGAUGAGCUGCCUGGCUUGUGACACUUGGGCUGUGAUCCUCUAGUCAUCCUGACCUCACACUUCACUACUGGGCUGAGAACAACUCAUUUCCUGAGAGGGCCCCUGCAUGCACAAGCCUUUUGUAUAUAACUAAUUUUAUAUUAAAACUUUUCAAACAUC